GAGAAAAAGAGAGAAAAUCCUCCAUUUACAAAAAUGACGUCAUUGCCAUUACUGGAAAGACACCGACGUCUGUGUUUACAAAUAUCUGUAAUUAUGUACUAUUUAAUAAGCCUUAUUGUACUUUUAGGAUUCUUACAAUUAGCUUCAAAGAUCCAAGCUACUUGCAAAGACGAACCUCAACAAGAAAAAUUCUGCCAGGACAUACUUAGAAAGGGACUUUGUCCUAAGACGAACUCAAAAACACGUCAACAAUGUCUCAAAACAUGUGGAUACUGCAAAGCUGUUUUAGAGCUCGACCCUUCUACACAAAUUAAAGAACCGUGUGCUGAUCAUCCACUCAAAUGGAAGACUUGCAAAGCUCUGCGUGAAAAACACUUGUGUGACAAAUUUCCAUAUCAGAAGAAAAUAUUGUGCCGGAGAAGCUGUGGCGUUUGUAAAGCACCACUAGAAGCAUGUGUAGAUAACCCUCUCAAAAAGAAGACUUGCGAUGCUAUGCGCAGGAAACACUUGUGUGACACAUUCCCAUACAUGAAACGGCGGGUUUGUCCGCGGAGCUGUGGUGUUUGUACAGUUCUUCCACCUACUAUAGCUACAACAACUACUACUACAACCACAACUACUACUACGACACAAAAACCAACUACAAUGUGGCAAGGUUCGUUUCCAAACGGAUGAUAUUCAUUUCUGGUUUGAUGACAUAAGUUAUAUCACACUGAAAUCGUGUAUUUUAAUUGUGCGUUUGGAAUAUACUAUUAUGAAAAAAUCCACUGUGUCAGCUG